UAAAAUAUAUACAAAACGCAAAUUGUGCUUAUAUAUUUUAGAAAAUAUUUUAAUCAUAUUUUGCUAACCACUAUUUCAUCAACUAAUUAAAAGGAACAAAUUUUUAAAAUGAAUCGAACAAUUUGUGAAAAUACGGACAUAAAAUUUGAUAAAACAUACGAUUUCAUUGAAAAGUGUGAUGAGUGUAAAAGUCAACAAUUCAUUGGCAAAGUCAAUAACAAUAUGUGCAAUAAUAAUUCAACUCUAAAAAAAAAUUUUCCAUUUUGUGAAUUUAUGCCCAAGCAAAAUCCAAGUACACUUAUGCGCCAGGAACAUCUUUCGAAAAUUACAAAAACCGGUGUUUGUGUUGACAUUCAGCCGGUUAACCAUGAUAUAUCUCAACCUUUAAGGCAACGUUGGUCUCCGGUUGGAGCAAAUUGUGAUGAUACAGUAAUCCCAAUUUCUGACCUACCCAAAUCUGAAUCAGAAAUGAAACCUUUAAACUCAAAUCAAGAAAAAGAAGACGUGUUACAUUCUGAACAUAUCGAAAUAUCCCGGUUACGUUAUUUAGAAGAGGAACAGGAAACACUUACUUCAUCAUUGAUGGCCUUAACAUCACAUAUUGCCCACUUGCAGUUGAGAGUUAGACAAAUUGUUGAAGCACCAAGUGAUGAACGUGAUCAAUUAUUAAAAGAUUUAGAGAAAUUUGCUUUUAAAGGCAUACCUGAGCCUAUUUCUGCAGAUGUUUUAACUAGCGAUGAUUCACAGUAUAGUGGUUUAUUUAUCCAACCUACUAAUAAAGAGGAUGAAAUUAUAUUUGAUCGUCAAUUUAAGCUUAUUAGUCAACUGAAAUUACAAUUAUCGCAAUUGGAAAAAUUUGCUUAUGAUUCUGGCGCGCCAGUACUACCACAAGACGUAUUACUUGAAAAACAAAGAAUUAUUAUUGAUGAACUUAAAAACAAGUUAAAUCUCAAGGUUGAACAACAGGAUUUGCCAGAGUUAAGUUCAGAUGAACUGAAAUGUCAAGUUGAAAGUGCACUUGGUGAAUUUAUCGGACCCCUGAAAAUGAAAGAACAACUUGUAAAUCAAUUAAAAACACAAAUAAUUGACUUGGAACGUUUUAUAGCGUAUCUUCAAUGCGAUUCCGAUGAUUUAAAACUGAAAACAUUUAGUAAUAAUGGAAAGCAAAGUGGAGCAUACAACAGUUAUGCCGCAAAGAAGAAAAUUAUUUUAGCACCUACAAAGAAUUCAAUAGAACAAAUAAGGCCAGAAGUGAAUGAUACAAAAAACUUUGAACAUUUAAAAGCAGAUAUUAGUAACAAUACACAAAGAAAUGAACCUGAGAGCUUUCGUGAAAAAGCAUAUAACUUAGUAGACAAGGCUUCUUUACUGAUGCAGAUGUUUACUACAACUCAUUUUGAUCCAACAGCACAUCGUUUUCAAAAAAAUAUUUUAAAAAAAACCAAUAAAGCUAGUCAUUGGGGUGACUUACGCGCUCAGCUUGAAAUCGAUAUACAGAAAAUAUCCUUCUUAGCAAGUACUUUAACUCUUGACCGUAAAACACUCACAAACACAAUGCGGCCUGAAAAAAUAACAACUAAGUUGUCAAAAACUACUCGCCAUAAAACUUUAACUGCAAUUCCGUUCAAACAAACAAGAAAUUGCAAAUUGCGGAUAGAAUCAAGCGAAAUAAAAGCUUGCCAUAUAUCUUCCGUCUUAACAGAGGAUAUUAACGAGUGUUACGAUUGGGAGGGAAAUGGUUGCAUGAUUACGCACAGUUUAAAUCCCAAAGAUGAUUUAAUAAGUACUGUAAGUAGAGAGCUAAGCGAUGCGGUAAGAAAAAAUUUCGCAAUGACGCUAAUGCGACUCAUACAACACGGUUUACGUGUGGGAAGUGAAUCUGCAACCUCUAGUGUGAUGAUGCCUUUGAUGCGCUGUCUUAAUCCAUUUCCAAUGACAACUAGCGAACACAAUUUAAGUACGAGGAGAAGCCAUAAUUCGGUUAUAACAGCUUCUUCAGAUGAAGGCUCUGUGGCUUAUGGGAAUAAAAAUAUAAACACAAACAAAAGCAGCUCAAACUUUCUCAGUAAUGGAGUAUAUCGACAAAUGCAUGCUUGGGAAUUGAUUUUGGAAUAUUAUUAUAUGAAACGCGGAGAUGAAUACAAUAAUACUCCUGCACGGAAGUUGUCGGAUAGUUUCAAUUUAGAUAUUGGUGAUUCACGUGCCGUUAGUGUUAAGCAAAGUUUAUUAAUGGUUAUUGGAAUGAUUAUAUCAGUACAUCGUCCUUAUAAAAGAAGUCUCAACGCACAUUUUAAGGCAUUUGUUUGUGCUGGAUUAAACUCACAUCAACUGGUGGAAUGGUUAAGUUUGAUAUUCAGUUGCAAUGGCCUUAUCGAUACGCACUAUACGUCCGAGAGCUAUGUAGUGCGAACAGGAUUUCGAGAUUCUCUUAGUUCCAUUAAUACACUAAACGAAUACCAUUUUGAUCUGCCUGUGGACUUAGCAGUCAGACAUUUUAAAAAUAUUUAAAUGUGCUCAUCAAAAUUUAAUUAAUUACAUAUUUUUAUUUUUACAUUGUAAAAUAUAAGUCUAAAUCUUCCAGCUAGAACAUUAACCAUUUGAUAAAUUUCUUAUUAUAAUAAUUUGUUAUCGGGCUAAUUGGUCAAAUUUAAAU